AUGGCUAUCCCUGCAUUAUCCAUGUUUUCUCUUGUAUUUUUCUUCUUCAACUUUUGCCUUCAAGGAGUGUAUGGUGACUAUGGAGGAUGGGAGAGUGCUCAUGCUACCUUCUACGGUGGAGGCGAUGCGUCUGGCACAAUGGGUGGUGCUUGUGGAUAUGGAAACCUGUACAGCCAAGGUUAUGGCACAAACACUGCAGCACUAAGUACUGCUCUAUUCAACAAUGGGUUAACUUGUGGUGCGUGCUACGAGUUAACUUGCAAUAGUGACCCCAAAUGGUGCCUCUCGGGGACCAUAACAGUCACAGCAACAAAUUUUUGCCCUCCCAACCCAUCUCUGCCUAACGACAAUGGCGGGUGGUGCAAUCCGCCCCGCCAGCACUUUGAUUUGGCCGAGCCAGCUUUCUUGCAAAUUGCUCAAUACCGUGCUGGAAUUGUUCCGGUCUCUUUCCGAAGGGUGCCUUGCGUAAAGAAGGGAGGAAUAAGAUUCACAAUAAAUGGUCAUUCCUACUUCAACCUUGUGUUGAUAACCAAUGUUGGCGGCGUGGGUGACGUACAUUCAGUGUCGAUCAAGGGCUCAAAAACAGGAUGGCAACAAAUGUCAAGAAAUUGGGGCCAAAACUGGCAGAGCAAUUCCUAUCUAAACGGCCAAAGCCUCUCAUUUCAAGUCACCACAAGUGAUGGAAGGACCGUUACCAAUAACAACGUUGUCCCAGCUGGUUGGCAAUUCGGACAAACAUUCCAAGGCGGACAAUUUUAG